AUGGAGAGAACCACGGUGCUGAUCACAGGCUGCUCCUCAGGCAUCGGCCUGGGGCUGGCUGCACGCCUGGCAGCCGACACCACUCGCCGCUUCAAAGUUUAUGCCACCAUGCGCGACCUGGCCAAGGGUGAGCGGCUGCUGGAGCGCCUGGGGGGCUGCUGCCCCGACACGCUGGAGGUGCUGCAGCUUGAUGUCACUGAUCCAGGCUCGCUGGCAGCUGCUGCACAGCGGGUGCAGGGACAGCGGCUGGAUGUGCUGGUCUGCAAUGCAGGGGUGGGACUGAUGGGACCACUGGAGACCUGCUCCGACCAGGCCAUGAAAACUCUCUUCGAUGUGAACCUCUUUGGGGCUGUCCGCACCAUCCAGGCAUUCCUGCCUGCCAUGAAGAGCCGCAGGGCCGGGCGGAUCAUUGUCUCCAGCAGCAUCGGGGGGCUGCAAGGGCUGCCCUUCAAUGCUGUGUACUGUGCCAGCAAGUUUGCAGUGGAGGGGCUGUGCGAGAGUCUGGCCAUCGUCCUGCGCCCCUUCAACAUCCACCUGACGCUGGUGGAGUGCGGGCCAGUCCACACCAGCUUCCUGGCCAACCUGCAGCGCCCCGACCCUGAGGGCAGCGAGAUGCGGGGCCUGGACGCCGAGACACAGGGGCUGUACCGCCGGUACCUGUGGCACUGCCAGAGCAUCUUCCGCGACACGGCCCAGGAGGUGGAGGAGGUCCUGCCGGUGUUCCUGGAGGCCAUCGGCAGCCCCUGCCCACCGCUCCGCUGCGCCAGCACCCAGCUCCUCGCCCCGCUCUGGCGCCUGCGGCUGAGCAGCCCCGACGGCUCCGCGUACGUCCGCGCCAUGCACGACUUCGUGUUCGGCGGCAGCGAGCCCGGCGGGGACCGGCCCUGA